AUGGACAACACCAAGACUGACCCCUCAUGUAAACUAUGGGCUUUGAGUGAUACUGAUGUGUCCAUAGCCAAGAGGAGAAGGAAAGGUGGGACAUGGAAAGGUUUCCCAGGUUGGAGAUAUCACCGGAAGGCAGAAGAGGAGAAAAAGCGACUGCUGCCUGAAUCUUUUCCAAUAUCACCCCCAAUUCUCUCUCCUAAUCCAAUGACCCCCUUGUCUGACUUUCCUUCGCCCUCAACACUGGGUCACUCUUUGCCACCAGAGCCUUUUCCUUUGGAAUCUGCAUUCCCAGUGGACCAUUCUCCACCCCAACCCCUUAUCACCCCACAACAUGGCACUCCAAGAGCUUCUUUUGGGGGAGACCCAGCAGACAACCAUGUAGGGUGUGGUCAGCUUCAGUUUCUGAACCCAGAUCUUCUGGCAUUCCCCGAGAGACAAGCAAAGAGGAGUCAUUUCCUCAGGUGGAAGGGGGAGGGGAAGACAAAUGGAUCUUUCCCCAAACAACAUAGGCCAGACUACCACCUCAAUUCUUCAGGAGAACUUUUACCAUCAACUCUGGGGCGUGGCUCGUUAGUCGCUCUUCCUCUCUGGAGAAACAAAGACAAACCAAAGGAACUGCAUGUCCAUCAGCAGCCCUCACAUCCUAGGACCUGGCAGGAUCAGUUGAUGGAAAACUAUAUCCGGCUUUUCUGGGUUUUCCCAUCUUUCCCCAGCGAGUCCUUGAUCUGUGGAGUUUCUAUCCAUCGCCCCCACAAUAGAAGUUUGCCAACAUCGGUAGGUGGGGACUAUUUCUUGAAUGCCUCCCAGGAGCUUCCCUUCCUUGGGUCCAGUGUGCAACAGAUGCUGGAAGCCCAUAUGACAGAGUUUCAGUGGAGGAUGCUGUCGGGCCUUCCCACCCAGGUCCUUGAGUCCACUGAAUUGACCGGGGCUGAGGAGCUCAGUGUUCAUCACUUCCAAAGUAGUGACAUCCUGACAAGCAGCAAGCCGGGACUCUCCCAUGGGAUAACUGUGAAUGAGGCCCAAGGCCAACCCAGGGACAUGUCCAUUGCCUCAGAGAGCUUAACUCACAAAGCCUCCCUGGCUCAGGCUCAGGGUGUCUCCAGUGUAAACGUGGGAGCUUCCCGGGGGCGGCCUGUCCAUGUGGAAGACCGAGGAGUCAGUAGGGAGCAGCCGCAGGAACCUCGGGGCCCUAAGUGGGUCUUCAGGUGGAAUCAGAAGAUUACUCCACCAGGUAAAAGGUUUGUGAGUCCUCAAGGCCCCACAUCAGACAGGCUUGGUGGAAGCGAUCCAAGGUUGGGAUCAUCCCCACCUAGAAGGAACAAUGUUCCUACUCAGGACAUGGCAUUAAAAGAGGUGCUUGGGAGCAAGUCUUCCCAGGCCAUGGCACAGAAGGGGCAGCCUGCUCCUGAAAGACGAUUUAGAAAACAAAUGAGAUGCUGUUGUCCUUGUCUUGCUAUUGAGACAGAAGGCAAAAACCAAGAAAUCUCCCAGGAAAAGGGCAGCCCCGUAUCAUCUGCACACAGCAGAUGCCCAGAUCAAGGUGGAGCUGCCUUUCCUGGGAUGACCAGAGAUCACAAAGUCAGGACAGGCAUUGGGAGGUACCUGCGGGAGAAACUGGGGCGUCGGCAUGCAGCAGAUAUCCCCUGCCCUCAAGACCCCCUUCCCUCCCCAGAGAAUUCUGGGAAAGCUCAGCAGAAGGCAGAAGCACAGACCCAGGCAGGCCCCCCCCCCAAGGGGCCUCCUCUCAACUCCAGGGCUUCAUGCUGUAAGGUGACAAAUACAACUUCAUGCCAAGAAGAAGCUGUCUUUUCUGGCAGGAGCUCUCCAAGUAUUUCCCAAGUCAGACACAAGGACAUUACAUUUAUGGAGCGGCUAUUCAGUCAGAAGGACCCCGAAUCUGGGCCUCAUAGGGAGACUGGCCCAUCCAAGUCCCACCUCAAGCCAUCAAGCUGGCCAGGGGUCUCAGGCUACUCUCUCUCACCACUGCUGAUGGCACAGCUUUCAGAGAUAUGUGUUUACUACUUUGACGCAAAAGCGGUCACCGUCAUUGCAAGGGGAAAUAUUUCCCCACCCCCAAGUAAUUCCUCCCUUGGGAUGAAUGUUGAUUUUUCCUAA